AGGAGGGAGUCCGGCUCCGGCUCUCAGUCUGUGAAUGUUCUCCACCGAGGAGCGGACCUGAGUGGAGCCCCUCCAUGUCAUUUUAAUAUUCACAUCAUCUGCAGCGGUCCACGGGACGCGGCGCGGCGGCGCGCGGAGCGGCACACGGCUGUUCCCCACCUCGAACCCAGGACCAGCCACGUGCGGAGCCUGAAGGACCGCCCUCCCCAGAGAUGCAGAGACCGAGCGGCCAGGGCACAGCCUUCUCCAUCGACUCGCUGAUCGGGAGCCCGCAGCCGCGCCCGGGCCACCUCCUCUACACGGGCUACCCCAUGUUCAUGCCGUACCGGCCGCUCGUGAUCCCGCAGGCGCUGUCGCACGCGCCGCUGCAGUCGGGCAUCCCUCCGCUGGCGCCGCUCGCCUCCUUCGCCGGGCGCCUCACCAACACGUUCUGCGCCAGCCUGGGCCAGGGGAUGCCCUCCAUGGUGGCGCUCACCACCACGCUGCCCAGCUUCUCGGAGCCUCCCGACACGUUCUACCCGCCGCAGGAGAUGCCGGGCCCGCGGCUGAGCGCCGAUCCGGGGGCCAGGAGGCAGGAGAGCCCGCAGUCCGAGGAGCUGCUGGCGCGGGACAAGGGCUCCGAGCUGCUCAACUUCUCGGAAAGUUUCCAGAGCAUCGCAGGAGAAACGAAGCUGUACAGCUCGGACGACGAGAAGCUGGACCUCAAGUCGGCCGAGACCCCCUGCAGCGACCGCGAGGAGGACAGCUCCGGGGACAGCGAGAACGAGAGCUUCUCGGACGGCAACACGUGCGGCUCGCUGUCCCAGAAGAGCAAGCUGAAGGGCGGCUCUCAGGAGCCCCUGGCCCCGGGCGCCUCGGCCGGGAAGAGCCGGCGGCGGCGCACCGCGUUCACGAGCGAGCAGCUGCUGGAGCUGGAGAAGGAGUUCCACUGCAAGAAGUACCUGUCGCUCACGGAGCGCUCGCAGAUCGCGCACGCGCUCAAGCUGAGCGAGGUGCAGGUGAAGAUCUGGUUCCAGAACCGCAGGGCCAAGUGGAAGCGCAUCAAGGCGGGCAACGUGAACAACAGGUCCGGGGAGCCCGUGCGGAACCCCAAGAUCGUGGUGCCCAUCCCCGUGCACGUGAACCGGUUCGCCGUCCGGAGUCAGCAUCAGCAGAUAGAGCAGGGCAGCAGGCCGUGAACGGGCGGCCCUCAACUACCGCACAGCCAGGGUGGUGAGCAUCAGCAGACUGAGCAAAAAAAGGCCGCGGACGAUGUGCGCGAUGGUGGCCGUGAACUAUCUGCGAGAUGGUCAGCAUCCAAAGACUGAUGGAAGUGGCAGGUGGCGGCCAUGACCCGUCUUGGGGAGGGUGAGCAUCAACAGAUUGAACAAGGCUCCGAACUGUCUACAGGUGUCCACUUUUGCCCCGCCGCCAGCGAAGAUGCCCCCAGCG